AUUUUUUUUAAAUUGAAAUCUAUAGUCUUUUCUUCUUCUUCUUCUUUCUUAUAGUGUUUAGUUUCUUCUAAUAUUCAUAAAAUUUAGCAAAAAUAAGUGGUUAUUUUGAUUGGAAUUCUUCGAAGUAUAUACAAUGGGUGAUUCUUCAGCUCAAUACAUCCACUUGGUGCAUCACUUAAUUGAAGAGUGUUUAUUGUUCAACAUGAGCAGAGAGGAAUGCAUGGAAGCACUUUCCAAACAUGCAAAUAUUCAGCCAGUUAUCACAUCCACAGUGUGGAAGGAGUUGGAGAAGGAGAACAAAGAGUUUUUUGAGUCAUACAAGAAAAAAAACAAGGAUGAAGAAUCAACAACAACCAACAAUAAUAAUAAUAAUAUAGAAUCCAAAGUGGAGAUAACAAGACAAAGAAUCCACAAGAUGCUCUUGGAUUCCUCCCUCUCUAAAGACAAACCAUAGCACUAAUUAAUUAGCUCAUGUUUUUUUUUAAUCUUAUUGUGUUCAAAGUAAUAAAUUAGAAAAUAGAUGUAGAAAUAAUUGACAUGUUAUUAUUUGUGUGUUCUUAAGAAAUUCAAUCGAUCUACUCAUUAUUAAUUGACACAUUAUUUGCGCUA